UACGCCUUCCAAGUUGUUCCCAGCGCCGUGGUCCAUCCUGGAGCAACGUUAAUUGACGCCUGCCUAGUUGUUCUCAGGAAGUGUAUUUCACAACCUUUGUUGACGCGCUCCUCUGCACACACCAUUCUACACACCGCGUUCUCAGAGCUCUGCAGCCAUGUUGUGGAGCUUAGCUGGAUCGCUAACUUCCGCCGCCGUUGACAUCGCGAAAGAUAAGUUGGGGGCUUUCAUCGUGGAGCAGGCCAAUUCGCUGUGGAACUUCAGCGACGACUUGGAGGACAUGAACUCGAUGCUAGAGGCCAUCUCAGCGGCGCUCCAGGAUGCUGAGAGGCGGUCGGCCAAGGAGAAGUCAGUGCAGCUGUGGCUCAAGCGGCUCAAGCAUGCUGCCUUAGACAUCGCUGACAUGCUCGAAGAAUACAAAGACAAUAGCUACCGGUUAACUGCAAAGAAGCCAGGAAUGCUUUCAUGGAUGAAGAGCAUGAGAGAAGAAAUAAGGAAAAUCAACGAGGACUUUCGGGAUUUUAAAUUCUCAGAUGGUGGCACUUGCACAUCUCUUGAGCAACAUGAUGACGAUCGUGAAACAUCAUCACGUUUGCAUGAAAAACCAAUUGGGAGGAACAGAGAAAAGCAGGAAAUCAUAAACCUCUUAUCCGCAGGUACCAACAAUGAUGAGACUGUGAUUGUUUCUAUCCAUGGUCUUGGAGGUAUAGGCAAGAGUACUUUGGCACAACUAAUUUACAAUGAUGCACAAUUCAAGGAGUAUGACCAUCGUAUAUGGGUUUAUGUGUCCCGGGAUUUCAGUCUAAAGAAAAUAGGAAGCUCUAUAAUUUCUCUAAUAUCAAUAGAAGGAGGCCAGCAGAAUAGGGAUACACUGGAAGCCAUAAAUCAGUGCCUAGAUAACCUACUCAGUGGCAAGAAGGUUCUUAUUGUUUUAGAUGACUUAUGGGAGGAAAAGGAUACUGAGUUGAGGAAACUGAGGAGUAUGCUUCAGGUGGGCAAGAAGGGCACUACCAUAGAUGUCAUAGUAACCACGCGCAAGGAAGACAUUGCACGGAAAGUUUCCACAUGUCCACCAUACAAGCUGCAGCCUUUGAACGAUUAUACAUGCUGGGAAAUAAUUAAGAGAUAUAGCAGGUUUGAAGAUCAACAUUACCAAGAAAGAUUAGAGAAGAUAGGAUUGGACAUUGCAAAGAAAUGUGCAGGUGUGGCAUUAGCAGCUCAAGUACUUGGAUACAUGCUACAGUCCAAAGAUCUGUCUGGAUGGACAGAAAUAAACAACAGUGAUAUCUGGAAUGAAUCUUCUGAAGAUAACGGUGGUGUGCUCCCUUCCUUGAAGCUAAGCUAUGAAAGGAUGCAACCACAGCUAAGGAUAUGCUUUUCUUAUUGUGCCAUAUUCCCAAAAGGCCAUAAUAUUUCUCAAGAUGAUUUGAUUCACCAAUGGAUUGCUCUUGGUUUUAUCAAGCCAUCAAAGGGGAAGGAAUACAUCAGGCAACUUUUAGGCAUGUCCUUCCUUCAAGUUUCAAAGUUGCCCAAGACUUCGGGAGAUCAUAUGGAGCGGUACACUAUGCACGACCUGGUGCAUGAUCUGGCAACAUUAAUCAUGGGUGAUGAGUUAAUUGUUUCUAAUGUUGCAUCGAAGAAUAAUAAAGCACAUAGCCAGAAAUAUUGUCGCUAUGCAUCGGUUACCAAAUAUGACAACACAACAAGGUUAUCCAAUGUUUUACCCUCAAAGGUGAGGGCACUUCAUUUCUCAGAUAGCGGUAAGCUGGAUCUCUCUUGUGAGGCAUUUUCCUUUGCAAAGUGCUUGCAUAUUUUGGAUUUUAGUGGAUGCUCUGGUAUACUGUUGCCACCCUCUAUUGGGCAACUGAAGCAGCUGAAGUACCUUACUGCUCCACGAAUACAAAAUGAAGUUCUCCCAGAGUUUAUGACUGAGUUAUCAAAACUGCAGUACCUAAACCUGAAUGGAUCUUCUCACAUUUCCGCACUACCAGAAUCAAUGGGCAAGCUCUGGUGUCUGAAAUAUCUGGAUUUGUCAGAUUGUUCUGGCAUAUCAAAACUGCCAGGAUCGUUUGGUGAUUUAAAAUGUAUGAUGCAUCUUGACAUGUCAGGUUGUUCUGGGAUAAGAGAACUGCCAGCGUCACUUGGCAAUCUCACAAAUUUACAGCAUCUUGAUUUAUCUGAAUGUUCCGGUAUCAAGGAAAUACCUGAAUCUUUGUGUGGCCUCAUGCAUCUCCAGUAUUUAAACAUGUCAAAGUGUAGGGGCAAGGAACUUCCAGAAGCUAUAGGCAGCCUGGUCAAUCUGCAAUAUUUAAACAUGUCACUGUGUGACGUCAGGGAACUUCCAGAGUCAUUCAAGAGGCUCCGUAAUUUAUUGCAUCUAGAUUUGAUGCGUCACCGGAUUGAGAAAGGAGAUCUGCAUGGCCUCACCGCAUUACAAUAUCUGGAUAUGUCAUACUCAGGGUAUUCGGAGGGGUAUUUGGAGGAACGAUCUGUAACUAUGAGAAACCUCACCAAUCUUAAGGUUUUGAAAUUGAGAUAUUGCUUUAUUGAAAGAUCUACCUGUCUUAAUUUUAUCGGUACACUUACCAAUCUGGAGCAUCUGGACCUAUCGUGGAACCGGUUUGAGUAUCUACCAGAAAGUAUUGGUAAUCUCAAAAGGCUGCAUACACUGAAUCUCGAGAAUUGCCAAAUGCUCAAGUCCCUCCCAAAGAGUAUAAGUUGUGCAACUGGGCUGAAGUCUGUACUGCUGGAUGGGUGCCCACAUAAAUUGAUGGAUCAGGCCAGUUCUCUAUUGCACCAUUCACUAACAUUACCACUCUUUAAGGUUCGUGCUGAUGACGUCAGUUCUCAUAGCAAUCUGCAUGUUCUCGAGGGUGAAAAUGUCGGUGAGUUACGUAUAGUUUCCCUUGAAAACGUAAGACUUCUGGAGGAAGCACAGAGACUUAAGCUGUUGACCAAACAUAAUCUUUUGACUUUGAAACUGGUUUGGACCUUGCAUGCUGAUCGACAUCUGGAGGAUAAGGAUUUGUUGGGACAACUAGUGCCACCAAAGAGCCUGAAGGACCUGAGUCUAGAAGGUUAUAGCAGUCCAAGCUUUUGUGGCUGGCUCAUGGCUAUUUCUCAUCAUCUUCCUAAUCUUACUUGCAUUGAAUUGAAGAAACUGCCUACAUGUAACAACCUACCACCACUUGGACAGUUACCGUACUUAGAAAGCCUGAUUCUCUAUGAUAUACCCAACGUUACAAAAAUUGAAAGGAGUAUCUUCGGUGGAAAAGGAGCGUUCCCCCGAUUGGCAGAUAUCACAGUGUCUCAUAUGGAUGGUUUGGAGGAGUGGAAUACAACAUGCCCUGGCGAAGAUGGUGUGGAGGAGUUCAUGUUCCCUAUGCUAGAUGUAUUAGAGGUAUCUAAAUGUCCAAAGUUGAGGUUGAAACCAUGCCCACCCAAAUGUCGUGUGUUCAAAAUAUCAGAAAGUGACCAAGUUAUAUCUUCACUAGAGGAGGUAGAAACCAGCAGCCAUCGCUGCAACUCUACUCCGACCACCACCAGACUGCUUAUCAUCAGGAGCAAUCACCACAGUUUGGAGCUGUUUCACCACUUCCCUGCCCUCCGGGAGUUGCAAUUAUCCCACUGUCCAAACCUGAAGAGUUUGCCGAAGGGCAUGCAGCAACUCUCCUCCCUUAAAUCACUCAAGUUGAAUUACUGUGAUACAGCACUGCCACAAUGGCUGAGCGACAUCUCCUCUCUUAAAAAGCUCGUCAUCUCAGACUGUUAUAGAAUCGAGUCUUUGCCUGCGCGUAUACAGCUGCUCAACAACCUCACGGAGUUAGUUAUCAACAACCAGGAACUACAGCAGUGGUGCGAGUCAGAAGAGAACAAGGCCAAGCUCGCACACAUUAACAUAGUUAAGACAGACAUGUUCAUAUAAGCAGUGCCAAUGUUAUAUAGGAAAAACUUCUGAUGAUAUUAUAUAUUUAUACAUAGCAUCUCCAAAUAAGCAGUGCCAAUGUUGACAGACAUGUUCAAUGAUUUGGGAGAUAAGGUAUAUGUAGCUGCAAUACUCGAAUCAACAUAUAUCAUUCAUACACACUCCGAUUAUACUACAUGCGAGUUCUCAAAACAAAGGUGCAUGGUAUUUUUAAUCAUUAUAAAUAUCUCAGGACUCUUGCAGCAGUAAUAGAAUGACUACUACAUACCUGAACUUCAGCAUCUCAUCUCCAGCUGUUAUGUGCACCUGCUGUGAGGUGUACCCUUCCCGUCAGCGUCCAGAAAAAUUAGAUGACGUACCCUUAGCAGAACUACCAAGCAAGCUUCUUGUAAGGGUCUGUUCGACUCGAUUUUAUACAGUUGAAACAAACGGGAAAGCAUACCCUUGUUACUGAUGCUUAUC